GAAAAGGGCAGACGCCCUGAGCUACUCCACCAGGCUCAAGAGCUCUCGACUCGACUGCAUCAGACUUGAAACAGUCAGCCAACGAAACUCUACAACAUGAGCGGAAGAGGCAAGGGAGGAAAAGGACUCGGUAAAGGAGGCGCCAAGCGUCACCGCAAAGUCCUCCGUGAUAACAUCCAGGGAAUCACCAAGCCCGCUAUCCGCCGUCUGGCUCGCCGCGGUGGAGUCAAGCGUAUCUCCGGUCUCAUCUACGAGGAGACCCGCGGAGUCUUGAAGGUUUUCCUGGAGAACGUCAUCCGUGACGCCGUCACCUACACCGAGCACGCCAAGAGGAAGACCGUCACCGCCAUGGAUGUGGUGUAUGCUCUCAAGAGGCAGGGCCGCACUCUGUACGGCUUCGGAGGUUAAACUGCUGCGUCCUCUGAUAUAAACAACCAAAGGUCCUUUUAAGGGCCGCACA